AUGGCUUCCCAGCUCAAUGACAACCAAGUGAAAAACUCAUCAUCGUUGACGACAGAAACGCAGGAAGAUAUUGUUCAAAUAAAUAUAACAGAUGAAACAUCACGUCGGCCCACAGACCAAGAAUUAAAAGAGCUUGUUCAUGUCGCCGACAACGUUCCCUACCCAGUUUGGCUGGUCAUUCUCGUCGGAUCAGCCGAGAGAUUCGUCUUCUAUGGUGCCUCGACCUGCCUGCAAAACUACUUGCAGAACAGCCCAAAUGACCUCAUUCCUGGAGUUCUCGGGAUGGGGCAGUCGGAUGCCACUGCAGUGAACUAUGCCUUCAUGGUGUUGGUUAACUUUGCACCGGUGCCGCUGGCGGUGGUGGCCGAUGGUUGGCUAGGGCGAUAUAAGCUGAUUUUGCUAAGUACAGUCAUCUACCUCGUUGGGUCUCUCAUUCUUUUUACAACAGCCCUACCUUCGGCUAUACACCAAGUAGGCGCGUCCGCUGCAGGACUCGGUGUGUCUCUUGUCUUAAUCGCGCUUGGCAUAGGCGGCGUGAAAGCUUCAAUUUAUCCUUUUAUCGCGGAUCAAUACCCCCAUCAUGAGCCAUUCAUUCGCAAGCUCCCGUCCGGAGAACGGGUGGUUGUGGACAGAUCCCUCACCAUACAAUACAUGUACAAUUGGUACUUCUGCACAACCUCCAAUCACUUUAUGUACUCAUGGAAGACCACAGACAAAGCACCUCCCGCAGGCUCGGUUGUUCCAAAAGUGUUGCGAGUUAUUUGGCUCGGGAUUCGAGGUGGCAUGUCACUUAACGCCGCGCAGCCGGCGGUGCAACAAGAAAAAUACGGUCGCCAGGUUUUAUGGGAUGAUGAAUUCCUGAAGGGAGUCCGCGACGCCCUCAUAGCGUGUCAAAUCUGUCUCGCAUUUCCAAUUGUAUGGCUCUGCUGGGGACAAACAUACAAUAAUUUGAUCUCACAAGCCGGCCAAAUGGAAACUUGCGGGAUCCCCAACGACGUGAUGCCUAAUUUCAACCCUAUUGCCUGCAUCAUCGCAGGACCAGUGAUCCAACAAUGCCUGUUUCCCUUUCUCAAUCGCCGCAAAAUCCCGUUUCGCCCCAUUGCUCGUAUUUCCAUCGGUUUUUUCCUCAUGGGUGCCUCUUUGGCCUGGGCGACUGGCCUUCAGGCCUUUAUCUACCGCGCGGGGCCGUGUCCUGACUAUCCCCUGGCCUGUCCAGAUUCGAAAAAUGGCACCAUCCCGCAGCAUAUCAAUGUAUUUUUGCAGGUGCCGUGUUACGUGCUUAUGGCGAUUGGGGAAAUCUUCUGCGUGACAACUGGGUCAGAGUUCUGCUAUUCGCGAGCCCCGAGGAGCAUGAAGUCUAUCGUGCAGGCAUUAUUUGUGGGAACGGCUUCAAUCAGCUAUGCAUUGGGCAUUGCGAUCUCGCCGGCUGCAAAAGAUCCUAAUAUGACUAUUUUCUACGGGAGUUUGACAGGUGUGCAACUUGCUAUUACCGCUGGUUUUUGGUUGAUGUUUCGGAAGUUGGACAAGGAUAUUAUUGUUUGA